AUGGCUUAUUAUACUUAUUUAAUCGAAUGGUAUGUAUGGCAGAUGUUAGGAAGGAAGUGAUCCGUGGUGUGGUAGUGGUGAGGAAGGUAGAUCAAAAUGUGAAAAUUUUGACUUAUGAUGAAAAUUCAGGAUAUUAACGUAAAAUAGGACCAGUAGUGAUCCAGAUGUGAAGGAGGUACAGGUUACAGGAAAUUUUGACAAUUGGGCCAAAGCUAACGCACCUUUGGCUAAGGAAUCGGGUACGUUUAGUGACCAAAUCCGAGUGGACAAAAGGCAGAAGCUUGUGUUCAAGUUUGUUGUCAAUGGGACAGACUGGGUUACCAGUGAAGGCUACAAGAGGGAGUUUGACGAAAAUGGGAUUGAAAACAAUUAUAUUGAUGCAGAUGAGUUGGUGGAGGUGGAGGAAUUUGAGCAGGACGCUGGUGAGACCCAGGGGGGUUCAGAAGGUGUAAUUGGGGAAGCUGGUAGUGUUGGAAAGAAUAAUGCCGUAGCUGGGGAGCGAGGUGAAGAUAUUGCGAAAGAAAAAGGGGAGAUCGAGCACAUUAAAGAAAAUAGUGAUUCUUUGACAGCAACCUCGUCAUUCGCAGCCAUUUCCACCAACGACUCUACGAGCGAUUCGAAAUACGAGCAUAUUGGCGAUGCUUAUGAGACUCGUCAAUAUGACCGUGGGGAUUUUGAUAAUGAAGCUGGGCCCGGUAUGGACGACGACGACGAUUACACCGAUGGAAAUCAAUUCAACACUCCCAUCAAUUCGGUCUUCAAUUCGGAAGUCCUCUCUGCUCCGUUUGAUGAGAAUAAGGAUCAGGUUUCCUCGACCGUUGAUACUUCGGUGUCAAAUAUUGAUCCAACUUCACCGCAUGUAUCUACUGGCGCAAAGCAAAUAUUUUCUCAACUGAAUGUUCCUGCUAAAGAUAAGCGGACGAGACACAAGGAUGAAAUGGUCGAAAUAUUGAAGGUCCCAGGCUCAUUCCCAUCGCCAACUUCUUCUGAGACUAAUUCAAACGUAAAUUACUUUGACAGUAAGCCACCUGUUAAGAGAGAAACCCUCAUUUCAAGAUUUAAGAGUUUAUUCAAAUCAUAA